GAAAUUGUAGGGUCAACGUUUGGGUCAACGGGAAAACUGCAAAUAUUUUUAAUUUGAAGAUCUAACCUAAUAAAUUGUUUGCAAGUAAAAUGGUGUGGAGAAUGAGCUGCACUUUCCUCUUCAAACUCCUAGUAGUUUUUGUUUUUGGUCAAAACAGUACGAAACCAACUGUCCACAUUAGAGUUAUGGAGAGCUCGGGAGGACAAGAAAACAAUAUCUCGUAUGGUGUCCAUUUUUUGAAACCUUUGCUGGAGCUUGCUUUAGAACAAGCAGUGUGGACAUUCGGUGAUGUCGUAGACGUCAAAUAUAAGCACGUGGAAACAAAACCUGGACCAACCCAGAUUGGGGCUCUAGCUGCCAGGGAGUUUUACUUCAAUGCCACUCAUGAGCCGGUAAAUGUUUUCUUUGGACCUGAAUCCAACGAAGGAGUUGUUCCCCUUGCCUAUAUGGCCAAGGUUUGGAAUCUCCCGGUCAUCACUCCACGUGGAAAUGACCAAUCGACACGCAACAAUGCUGUUUUGUCUAACAUGAUUUCCUUACACCCCUUUGACAAGCUGGAGUUGGUAAAGUGCACCAUCAAAAUUUGUCAGAAUUACAACUGGACUUCAGUAGCACUGUUUGUGGACAUUGACAGAAAAGUGAUGAAUUCAACUAGCAAAAUCUACAUCAGUGAAAUGCAAGUGGCGAAAAUUGAAUGCAAUGUCUUUAAUGUGCCAUUUUCUUCAGUGGCAGAUACAAAGUUGAAAUCAGAACUUUUGUCUUCCAAAGCAAAACAUCGAGUGAACAUUCUUCUGCUGGACAUGAAUGAUGUACGAAGACUGUUGCUGUUAGCUUCACAGCUGGACAUGACAGCUAAAAAUAAAGAAUUUUUGUAUAUAGUGCCGCACAUUUACGGAGGAGAAAAUUUACAAGUCGAUCUGUGGAAAAGAAAUGAUUCCCAAGAUAUGAUAGCCAAGGCCGCAUUCCGUACAACACUGAUAAUCAAUGUCCUGAACCCAACACGACUUCAGUUUGAACAACUUCUUCUAGAAUUGAACCAUAAGAUGUUCGGAAAUGCCACAGACCUCUACGUGGAUUCAUCUUAUGAAGACGAGCCAGGGGAGGAUAACCAGAACCAAGCGCAACAAUAUCUACUGACUGGCUAUCACAAUGCUUUCCUUGUUUACCUGACGGCUGUCAACGAAACUCUAGCAGAAGGCGGGAAUAUAAGUGAUGGACUUAGUUUGGUUCGGAAAAUGUGCAACAGAACAUAUGAUGGUGUGUCCGGCUCGUUUAGACUUAAUGAGGUGGGAAAUAGAGUUAUUGAUAUGUCCGUGGCGGACAUGAGAGAUGAUGACCAAAGCGAUGGAACCUUUAUGCGUGUAGGCAACUACAGUUCUCUGACCCACAGUCUGACUAUGAUUGAUGAGUACAAGAUUCACUGGCCUGGUGAUGAUGGUUUCGUGAGUGGGCGACCAGUCUGUGGCUUCAAUGAUGAGAUCUGCAAACGUAUUGCCCUGGAACAAGAUUACCGUCUGGCUGUUGGUUUAUCUGUCAGUGUCGGUGUCAUACUUCUAUUUGCAGCCAUUGGAAUAUUUGUAGCUUUCAGGAUGCGACAUGCACAAAACAAGCAGCUAAUGAACUGGUGGAAGAUAAACCAAGAUGAGCUCCAUCCAAUCAAAAGUUUUGUAACAAAGUCAACGUUCUCUACUAUAUUUCAUCAUAGUGCUACAAAUACAAAUGACGUGGCCACAUCCAACUGCUCCAUCUGUGUAUACAAGGGCAACAUAGUCCGUCAACUGUUCUUGAAUGAUGCAAGUGUUCAAAGCGUAAGUUCUCUGAUGAAAGAAUUUCACGAGAUACGAGACAUCAACCACCCAAACCUUCUUCGUGUUCUAGGAGCCUGCCUUGAAGGGGAGAAAAAGAUGCUUAUCACAGAGCAUUGCCCUAAAGGAUCUUUACAGGAAGUAUUGAUGGAUUCUAAAUUUAAACUAGACACCGUCUUUUCUCUCUCCAUCUUGAGUGACAUCGUCAAGGCCUUGGGAUACCUCCACAAACACCCCCUUCGAGUCCACGGUCGACUGACCAGCGAUGUCUGCAUGAUUGACUCCAGGUUCUCAGUUAAAGUAGGUUACUACGGUCUUCCAACAAUCUAUGAUGAAAUCAAGUUACAAAGCCAAAAUCAAACUUUGGAAAAAGAUCUUCUAUGGGUGGCCCCCGAGCUGUUAAGGCAUGGAGGUAAACCUACACCACAAGGAGAUGUUUACAGUCUUGCCAUUAUUAUGUCAGAGAUGCUGACCAGAGAAGAACCUUACAGUAAUGAUAAGGAGUAUCUCACUAUAAAAGAAGUUCUAAGCAAAAUAAUCGAAUGUCAAGAUCCACCUUUCAGACCUGCAGUAUCUGCUCCACCAGAAAUGAUUCCAAUGGAGACUCUUAUGAAGCAGUGCUGGCAAGAAAGUCCAGAGAAACGUCCGUCACUAAGUGUAAUAACUGCAGUGCUUCACGGCCUCAUGCAAAAAGUGAACAAAUCUGGUGGCUUGGUUGACAACUUACUUCAGAGGCUAGAGAAGUACAGCAGUAAUCUAGAGAAAAUUGUGGAUGAGAAAGUGGAUGAACUGAGACAAGAGAAACAAAAGUCAGAAGAGUUACUCAAACAAAUGUUACCUGCAUUUGUUGCUGACCGACUGAAGGCUGGUCUAACCGUGGAGCCAGAGUUCUAUGAUUGUGUGAGCAUUUACUUCAGUGACAUUGUUGGCUUCACAGAGAUUUGUUCCAUCCUAAAGCCUGUACAAAUUGUCAACUUGUUAAACGACGUCUACACUUGUUUUGAUGCUGUCAUAGGCAACUACGACGUGUAUAAAGUAGAGACCAUUGGUGACGCCUACAUGGUGGUCUCAGGUCUUCCUAGUAGAAAUGGAAGUGAGCAUGCUCGCCAGAUUGCCCGGAUGUCACUGGCACUGCUGAGUGUGGUAUCUGGUUUUACUCCACUGAAUACAUGUGAGGAUCAACUCAAGCUGAGAAUCGGUUUACAUUCAGGCCCAGUAUGUGCUGGUGUUGUUGGUCUCAAAAUGCCAAGAUAUUGUCUGUUUGGGGAUGCAGUGAACACUGCGUCUAGAAUGGAGUCCAAUGGAGUUGAGCUGAAGAUUCACAUGAGUUUUAACACUGCAGACAUUCUCAAAACUUUUGGCAAGUUUAUUAUUCAGAAACGUGGAGCAUUGGAAAUCAAGGGUAAAGGUAUUAUGGAGACCUACUGGCUACUUGGUGAAGAAGACUGAAGUUGGACACAUGGAAUCACAGGACAUUUGACCUACAAACUUGUUUCAUGUGCUAUUGAAAUGUCCAUUACAAGAAAGAUGUUUGUGUUAAAUUAUAGGUUAAAUAAUCAAAUAACUCGUGAAUCUCAAGUACAUUAUAAGUUUUAGUAGUUUAAAAUCAUACAUUAAUUGGAAUAUUUAGUCUAAGUAUAGCUAGAGCAUAUUUUUAACAUUAUAAAUAGAUUCAUUAACUUGACAUGUUUGCCUGGCUGUGUACUAUACGUAGCGUCGAGCCUAGCUAUCCAUCUUGCUAUCCAGGAAUACAGGUUAGGGUUUUCAAUUGAACUGUAUAUUGAGAGACGCAAAUGAGGCAUAAAUAAGUUUGGUGCAGACAUUAAACAUUGGAAAUAGUUUUAUGAACAUCUGUGUGUGUUUUAGUUGUCUUCCCUUCUAGUCGAGUUAUAAUAAAGACGUUCAAAAGAUUGGUUCAAUGAGCUUUGUCUCCACGUAGUUUUCUAUUCAGAUUGAGUGUAAGCUAUUUGAGAGCUAAUAUUUUGUGUUGGUAUUUUGACUUUGUUCCAUUCACAUGAUCAGAGGGGUAUUUUUAUCUCUAAUCAUAUUGAUAUUAUUUGGAUGUUAGAUGCAGAAAUCCAUAUAUUCUUAUAUUAGCAGCAAUAAUAAACUGAACUUCUAUUGACAAUAUAGGACUUGAGCUCAAAAGCAAAGCCCAGCUAUCGGGGAGUAAAUCAUUUUAUUUCUCGCAGCAGGAACUAGAUGUCAGAUAUUCUAUUCCAAAUGCAUUGACUUUAUAAAUAACUACAAUAACAAUGAAAUGCAAAUUUCAUCGUGUAUUCAAAUGUUUUCCCACGGCUAACAUAAACACAAACACACAGUGAUACACACAAACACAAACACACAGUGAUACACACAAACACACAGU